AUUACUUAAGCUUCUGGAAAGUCAGUUGGUUUUUAAAAGUCAAGGUAUUCGGGGUAAAAAAAAGGUUGUUAAGUGCUUAUCCGUGAAUUAAAAGUGAAUACCAAAGUUUGAAAUGGAAAAAAUCCUCACCAUAUGUUGCUUACUUUCAAUAUUACACUUCUCUUUGGCUGGUUAUAGUCAACAACCAGAAUACCAGGUUUCACUUGUUGUCAAAUUGCCAGGAAACUACGGAGAUCUUAUUCAUCUUGGUAACGGUGUUAUACUUGACGAGAGACUGAUAUUAACAACAGCGGAUUGUCUACACUUCAAGUUUGGUCCAAAUGCAAAGCCGACCCAACUGGAUCCUUCGGUAUUAAGUGUGUUUGCCGGGAGUACAAAUGGCCAAACACGUGCCCUUCAAAUGAAUGUUUCUUCAAUUGAAUUUGAGAAAAAUUUCAAUUCAACUACGUUAGAGAAUGAUUUAGCUUUGUUGACACUGGAGCACCCUUUACCGUUAGGAACACGAUCGGAUAUCAGAUGGAUAAUGCUUGAUGACAAUAGUCAUAUGAAUCGUUCGUGUUUAGUGAACUUCUUUUCGAGAAAUAAAAAAGAUGCUAUUCCUGAUUUUUAUCAAACCGAGGAGCUUUAUAUGAUAAACAACGCAAUAUGCCGGAAUUCUACAAAAUAUCCUGCUGCUCGAAAACAUGAUAUUUGCUCUAAUUAUAUUCUUCCUCAUCGAUUCGAUUGUGAAAAAGCAAAUUCAUUUUUGUCUCUAAACAACGAUCGUGGAACUGGGCUAGUGUGCAAAAGUUUUCUAGUAGGCUUGCUUUCGUCAGUGGUAACGCGACCAAAUCCAGCUAACAAUUGUUCAGAUGUAGUGUUGAAGGCUUUUUAUACUUACAUUAAUCCACAUUUGAUGUGGAUCUAUUCGGUAAUGUCAAAAAUGGAAUCCGAAUAUAUCUCAACUCCCUACGAUGCAUCACUAAAUCCACUUGUUCUGAAUCCUAUUCCUUCAACAGAUUUUUCAAACUCAUUCAACUCAACAUCGACUACGAAUUCAACAUCGAUAACGAACUCAACAUCGAUAACAAACUCAACAUUGUUGCUAAACUCUACAAUCUCCACCUUUCCAUUUACGAAUCUUACGAUGAAUUCGACUGUUGUAAACUCAACAUUAACCAAUUUCAAUUUGACAUUUGUUAACUCAACGGAUGUUUUAAACUAUGCAACACCAAACCCUCUAUCGACAAAUUCAACAAAAUGGAACACAACAUCAACAAGUAUUCCUGUUAGGAAUAAUACAUUAAAACCAAUAACAUACAACAACGUAGCUUCAACAGUCCGGGUGCCAGGAUACGGUUCCCCUCCUGAUACAAACAUAAGACACCCAAGUUCAAAACCACCAAUUCAAAAUAUUUUUAAAAACAGAGGAGUUAUGGUUAGACUAAAUUAUGGAAGUUUUAUGAUAGCAUUUGCGUUUCUUAUUGUACCAUUUAUUUAUCUUUAAGAUAGUAUUGUGAUUUCCUUUUCUUAAAGACUGUAAAUAUUUGUUUAUUUCACAAAGUGAAUGUAAAUAUCAAUAACGUAAGAAGUACAGGAAUAAUCUUCUGACUUCCCUCAUAUUUUAAUUAUAUUUUAUGACAUAUUGGACUUUUAUGGGUGCAUGUGUUGACAAAUUUACCCUUCCAUUCGAAUUGGUAACGCUGAAAACUUAAUCCAAGUGCAUAGUGAUUUCAUCUAUUUCAUCUAUGAAUGUUUAUUUGUUCUUUUAUUAUUGUUAUUAUUUUACUUACAUACUAAUAAACACGAAUGAUACCUGCAUAUUUUUUUAAGGUAAUGAUUGGCUAAAUGUAUUUUUACUUGGUAGGCAAAAUAUUAGUUUCAUCAAAAAAACCCGAGGUUUUAAAUUAAAAUCAAUAUUACGAUGAGUUCCAAAUCAGUGGUUUUCCUAAUUCUGCCGUCCGUGCUUCGUCCGUAUCUGCAUCCAUAGGUACACAUUUCCUAAGCUUAAAGGGUGCACGGAUUUUCUUGGAUUUUAAUUAUUUUAACAAUAAUAACUAACAAUUGUUAUUUGUUUUAUUUUGUAUAGUUUGUAAAUAGAUCAAUUAUACCUCCAAGCCGCAUUAAAUUUUAGCCAAGAUAAAAUUCCCAUACAAGUUAUCGAUAAUUUGUAUGGGAUCCAUUUUAGCCCAGAUAAAAUUUUUCGAUAAUUUGUAUGGGAGCUAAAAUUUAGCGCGAGCAGCGUACCAGGCUCCACUCUCAAAAUUUGCUGUGAGCCUAUGUUAUUUGAAAUUUAAUAUUAAAAAUAAUUAUAUUAUAUUAAACUGUUUCAUAUAAAUAAAAAUUUUAAUUAUCAGA